AGCUACUUCCAGACACCCCCUUAUGACCGUUUUUCUCGCCCUAGCAGAACUGGUUAGUCUGUUAGCCACACGGCCAUAUUUUCGCGUUACAGCGCUUGUUGGAAAACAGACGGACGACAGUGGACUAACGUUACCUGUACUAAUUAGCUAGCUAUCUGCUUCUCGGAACAAUUGUGUGUAAACAAAGACAGACGCCGCAAAUGUGUAUACACUGAAAAAUACUGUCGGCUGCAACUGUGUUCACCUUUAAAACAGUAUACAUGCUUGCAGAGCUGCCACAACCUCAGAACCUGACUCUGCUCACCCUGAACACACAGUACGUACUGACGUGGGACUGGGACCAGACGACCACAGGCAACGCUGUUACCUUCACUGUAGAGUACAUGGCGAAGUACAAGAUGAAGAUGAAGAAGAAGAACUGGAGCCGUGUGUGUGAAAGGACCACACACACCCGCUGUGACCUCACAGGUUCUGAUCUGCACUACCUGGGAAUGUACGUGCUCCGAGUCCGAGCCAGCGCAGACGGAGUCAACUCACACUGGGUCUACAAGGACUUCUGCCCUGAUAUCGAUGCUUCUUUGGGCCCACCGUCCAGGGUGGAGCUGGCUCCUGUGAAGAACCUGCUGGAUGUGACCAUCUCUGAUCCCCUGACCAGCACCCAGGGCUCCAUGAAGGAACACGUCCCCUUCCUGGACUACCGCAUCCUGUACUGGAGCCGCUCUGAUGACCCUCAGGGUCUGAAGCCUAAAGUGGUGGACUCUAGCAAUAACCUGGUGACGCUGCCUGAGCUGGAGGCCUGGACGUGGUACUGUGUCAUGAUCCAGUCUCGCUAUGACUACUACAACAAGACUAGCAGCUACACAGAACCCCAGUGCAGGCAGACAGAGGGUGACACCCCGUACUGGCAGAUCUUCCUAUACUUCCUGGUCUCCAUGACGCUGUGUUUCCUGCUCGUGUUGCUUCCCUCCUACGCCGCCUUCAGGUUCUACAGAGUCCUCAAAAACACCUUUUACCCCUCUAUCCAGCUGCCUGCACACAUCCAGGAGUACCUCUGUGACUCCUCCCCCGGCUCCGACAUGCCCCGCCUCCUCACUGCUGAUUCAGAGGCGGAGCUGUGCUGUGAUAAGCUGACCAUCUGUCCUGAGGUGUUGCUCCUGGACAUACAUGUCCCUCCUCCUCUCACAGCGCCCCCCUCAGAGCUGGAGCAGGACAGCGGCAAGCACAUCCGCCAGGACAGCGGAGACUCUGGGAUCUACUCCACAGAGGGAGGCUCCGCCCAGCAGGGUCGUAGUGGUGGGGAGCCAAUCAGGAGAGACCAGGAAGUGGACUCCUGGCAGACACUGGAGCAGGUCAAGAUGGAGGCGAUGGGGAGAGAGUCGGCCGACGAAAGAGAUCUGGACGAGGGGGUUGUGGAUGUGUGCGUCUGAGGAGAAAUGGAGAGCUGGGUGGAAAGACCAUCAAUGAUGGUUGGCGAUUUGUAAUGAGGAAAUGAGAAUGGUCGCACAGAAUGUUCUCAAGUCUCCGUCUUGCUGCUUCUCCUCAAAGGUCACUGUGACGAGAAUGACGUCUGAGCCAAAGACGCAUCGUCACCUGUCCUGCCUACAUUAAAGGAAAAAUCUACUCCAAAACUAUCUUAUAAUGUUGUUUCGUUAGUCCACUGUUGAUACAGUCCCAAAUUGUUUUGCAUGUCAACAGACAAGUUUUCAAAAUAUUGGACUUUCAAGAAGCAAAGUGUCACAUGAUGUAAAAUGCAUCAUUGUGUGGCAAGUGACACUUCUUGAAAGUCCAAUACCUUAAACGUGUCUGUUGACAUGCAAAACAUUUUGGGACUGUAUCAUCAGUGGACUAAUGAAUCCCAUGUUGCUGUGUGUUUUUAAGGGUGUAGAAACAAGCUUAAAAGUGUCAGAUUUGGUAUGGGGGGGCCCAUUGACUUCAAGAUGUCUAAAAGACCCCAGUCCAUCUUUCGUUUCUGUGGCCAGUGUAAUGACUGACAUGUUUUAGUGUAGUUUGGAACACGUUUAUCUCAUCUCAGACUGGGCUGGUCACAGCCAAGGGCGUGCUUUCUGUUUCCAGUGAAUUCUGAGACCGUUGGUCCAUUAGCAUCCUGUGAAGUGUGUGUGAAUCCAGGGGGAAACACGGUAGCUAGUUUGUGUUUAAACAACAGGGUGUCAGUUUUAACCAUUUCAAUCGCACAAAUCAACCUAUUUUCCAGUCAAGACAUUUUCUUGAAAAGGAAUGAUUCUGGUUAAUUUAUCAUCUAAACAAACCCUGUCGUGUGUCUGUCCUGUGUGUGUGUGUGUGUGUGCCUUGGAUAGAUAAGAGUACAUUGGCAGCAGUGCAUUUGGUGUGUGUGUGUUGUCAGUGUAAGUACUGCAUGUCUGAGAGUCCUGUGUGUACAUAGUCAAUGCACGUAGUCCGGGUAACCAUUUGAAGAGCUAUUUAGCGGUCUUGUUUAGCAGUCUUAAGGCUUGUUGGUUCCAGACGUGGUGCACUGUGGUUGCUCGAGCAUUUCGCAAUUUUUGGGGCCUUCCUCUUGACACCGCCUGGUAUAGUGGUCCUGGAUAGCAGGGAGCUCUGCCCGGGUGAUGUACUGGGCUGUAAUCCGUGGUGGUUUGCUAACCCUGCCACAUCUGAGUGCCUGUUUUUUUAAAAUUUUUUAUUAUCUUACUUUUAGAAACAUUUAAUUAGUUUGUCCUUUUAUGAUUCUUAUAGAAUCUGACAUCAGGAAGUGUUAUGUUUUCUCUCUGAUACCUUAUUAUUAUUUGACUUCAUCUUUGUUUUGAUAGGUGCUUUGGUCCGACUGUUACUGGUUGGAUCCCUGAAGGUCUAUGUUUAUUGAUGUCUCUUCCUCUUUCUGAUGGUUUGCUCUCUGAGGUGGAACAACUUCCACCUAGAGCAGGGCUGCCCAACCCUCUUCCUGGAGAUCUACUGUCCUGUAGGUUUUCAGUCCAACCCUAAUUUAACAUAUCUGAUUCAGCUAGUUAAGGUCUUGUUG